UAAAUAAAAUAAAAUAAAAUAAAAAAAAAAACCACGAAAUGACAAUAAAACAUGGAUCACGAUUCACGAGAUAAAUGGGGCACUCAGUAUUAACUUCUUCCUUCGUUCUCACCUUCAAACACACACCAUUUCACACACACACAAUUCCAUCAAUGGCUUCUCUUCAACUAACACCUCUCUCCACUCGCACAGAUCUCUUUCUUCCGGCCAUUAGAGUUUUCCGAUGCCGUAAACAACCUCUCUCCGUCCGAUGCUCCGCCGGAGAAUCAUCUUCUUCUUCUUCCUCCGUUGGUUCUGAUUUUGACGCCAAGGUUUUCCGGCACAAUUUGACCAGAAGCGAUAACUAUAAUCGGAAAGGCUUCGGACAUAAGAAGGAGACUCUUGAGCUCAUGAAUCAAGAGUAUACUAGCGAUAUCAUAAAGACUUUGAAGGAAAAUAACUAUGAAUAUACAUGGGGAAAUGUUACCGUAAAGCUUGCAGAAGCUUAUGGCUUUUGUUGGGGCGUUGAGCGUGCCGUUCAGAUUGCUUAUGAAGCCAGGAAACAGUUCCCUGAUGAGAAGAUAUGGAUCACAAAUGAAAUUAUUCACAAUCCAACUGUUAAUAAGAGGCUAGAAGACAUGGAAGUUAAAGAUAUCCCCAUUGAGGAUGGAGAGAAACAGUUUGAUGUUGUCGAUAAGGGCGAUGUUGUAAUUCUUCCUGCGUUUGGAGCUGCAGUAAACGAGAUGUUGACGUUGAGUAACAAACAAGUACAAAUAGUCGAUACCACAUGCCCUUGGGUGUCAAAGGUGUGGAACUCUGUCGAGAAGCACAAGAAGGGGGACUACACUUCGAUAAUUCAUGGUAAAUAUUCUCAUGAGGAGACAGUAGCAACAGCUUCUUUUGCUGGAAAGUAUGUAAUUGUAAAGAACAUGGAUGAGGCAACAUAUGUGUGUGAUUACAUUCUUGGUGGUGAACUUAAUGGAUCUAGCUCAACCAAAGAAGCUUUUCUAGAGAAAUUCAAGUUUGCAGUUUCUAAGGGUUUCGAUCCGGACAAAGAUCUUGUCAAAGCUGGUGUUGCGAACCAAACUACAAUGCUAAAGGGGGAAACAGAGGAGAUAGGGAAAUUAUUAGAGAGGACUAUGAUGCAAAAGUUUGGAGUAGAAAACAUCAACCAACACUUCAUAAGUUUUAACACCAUCUGUGACGCUACUCAGGAGAGACAAGAUGCUAUGUAUAAGUUGGUAGAUGAAAAAUUAGAUCUUAUGUUAGUAGUUGGCGGGUGGAACUCAAGCAAUACCUCACAUUUACAAGAGAUCGCAGAGGAGCGCGGGAUUCCGUCUUAUUGGAUUGACAGUGAACAAAGAAUCGGUCCUGGAAACCGAAUAGCUUACAAGUUGAUGCAUGGUGAAUUGGUUGAAAAAGAAAACUGGCUACCGAAGGGCCCAGUCACAAUUGGUGUCACAUCUGGUGCAUCUACCCCUGAUAAGGUUGUGGAAGAUGCUCUACUGAGAGUAUUUGAGAUCAAAAGUGAAGAAGCCCUGCAACUUGCAUAGAUUAGGGGUGUAUUCCUAACAAGAAUCAAAUAGUAUUGCAUCUUGCAGCACAACGUACUUUUAUGUACACAAUCUAUUGUGUGUAUAAUUAUUUUAGACUCUAUCGAUAUCGAAACACACCCUUCUAAUAUGAAAAAUGGCUUUUAGGGGUGUACAAAAAUUAGUCCCAACAAACAAAAACAUUCUCUUAUAUUUAAUCUUUUAGCAAAAAUGUCUUCAA